AUGGCUGUUCCUGUCUGUCCAGGCACCGAUAUUACAAUCCUUGAUGCGGCUGUUAAUGGCUACCACUGCAAGGAAUGCCCAACGUGCCCCGCUGGGGAGGGGCUGUCAGUUAACUGCGGAGACGUCAUUACCUCUCAAACACCUGUCAAAUGCCAGCCUUGUGUAAUCGGUGAAACCUAUUCGGGUGCAAAUGAACCUGGCGCAUGCAAGAUUUGCCACAAUUGUGAUGAGCUCCAAGAAACCAUCAAAACUUGUACCCCGACAUCAAAUGCAGUGUGUGGCAACUGCACUCAAGGGGCCUACUUCGACAACAACUUGGGAAAGUGCGAACUGUGCUCUCCUUGCUGUAACGAUGGCAGAGAUAAAUUAGAGCCCGGAUGUAAAGUCCCUGGAGUCGCGGCGAACAUGCAGUGUAACUUUGCGCGAUCUGCGAAGUGCGCAAAGGUAGCAGAGAGGAAAGCAAACAUCAGCCCCUCGCCAACACAGCACCCGACACCAUCAACCACCUUUAUAUCAAGGCCAACGACAAUGUAUCCCACAACAAAACAUUUAGAGAAACCGUCAGCUCUCAGUGCCUCAGCUACCACUUUCCCUUCUGGGAUUGCCGUUGGUGCUGGUAUUGUUGGUGCUUUGCUUGUGUUUUUGAUAUGUUUGGCAAUAUUUUGCUACCGCCGAAAAAGGAAAUACCAAGAGAGGGAAACUGGCUUAUCCGCUGAGGAGAUAGAACGUCUCCAACCAGGCCAAAUUAAUGAAACGAAGACAAACGAGCAAGAACCUUUGCCUUUGGUUCCGCUCGCACUAGAGCCCUCGACGUCCCCUGUUGAGGAGACCGACCAAAUUCCACUGUCGAUACAAGAUUCCCAGCUACCAGCCCGUAUUGAUACAACAGGUAACGUCGCUGUUUUUAUUGGUGAAAAAAAUAAUCAUUUUUCAGCGGUCGUCUGUUAUUUCCUUCAAACAAAAAAUGGAAAAAAAGUUUCAGUUAUACAAGCGCAGGUUACUUAUAUUAUAUGAAAUACCUGGUCUUAUUUAGAGGGUCAAAAUCAAAUUGUUUCCGCAUGUGUAAUCGAUAUCAGCAUAGCAGGCUAAUAUCAGCUAUAAAAAGGGGAUCGUCGACCCCAGAGGGGAUUUUUUCCGUAAGGAGAUAAGUUAAAAAUAAGUUUCGAGAAACUUUAUUCUAGAAGCAGCUGAGGCUUUUUGAGUUUUUAAUUGACCAACUCUUUCUGUCAUUUCUUUGUUUAGAUUUCAAACCUUCCCAGGCGUAUGUAGGCCCUCCGGUUAUCCCCUCCCUUGAAGACUACAAAGAGAUCUGGGCAGCUCCCAGGAGGAUUGGUGACGAGUCGGAUUGAGUAUGACGUUUAAUCGUUUUUAGUAAAAUCCAACUAGUAGUCUAUUAUCAA